AUCCCGGCACCGAGGAUGUCUUCCUCGGACGAAGAGACCCUCAGCGAGAGGUCCUGCCGGAGCGAGAGGUCCUGCCGGAGCGAGCGGUCGGGGAGCCUGUCUCCCUGCCCCCCCGGGGACACCCUGCCCUGGAACUUACCCCUGCACGAGCAGAAGAAGCGGAAGAGCCAGGACUCGGUGCUCGACCCGGCGGAGAGAGCGGUGGUCCGAGUCGCCGAUGAACGGGACCGGGUUCAAAAGAAGACCUUCACCAAAUGGGUCAACAAGCACUUGAUGAAGGUGCGCAAGCACAUCAACGAUCUCUACGAGGAUCUGCGGGAUGGCCACAACCUGAUCUCUCUGCUGGAAGUCCUCUCGGGGAUCAAACUGCCUCGGGAGAAGGGCAGGAUGCGUUUCCACAGACUGCAGAAUGUGCAGAUCGCCCUGGACUUCCUGAAGCAGCGACAGGUGAAGCUGGUGAACAUUCGCAACGACGACAUCACGGAUGGGAACCCCAAGUUGACCCUGGGCCUGAUCUGGACCAUCAUCCUCCACUUCCAGAUCUCCGACAUUUACAUCAGUGGAGAGUCGGGGGACAUGUCGGCCAAGGAGAAGCUGCUCCUGUGGACACAGAAGGUGACCGCGGGCUACACGGGAAUCAAAUGCACCAACUUCUCCUCGUGCUGGAGCGACGGGAAGAUGUUCAAUGCACUUAUUCACAGAUACAGACCCGACCUGGUAGACAUGGAGAGGGUGCAGAUCCAGAGUAACCGAGAGAACCUGGAGCAAGCCUUUGAAGUGGCCGAGAGACUCGGGGUCACGCGGUUGCUGGACGCCGAAGAUGUGGAUGUCCCAUCGCCCGAUGAAAAGUCGGUCAUCACUUACGUGUCUUCGAUCUACGAUGCCUUCCCCAAGGUCCCCGAGGGAGGCGAAGGGAUCAGCGCCACGGAAGUGGAUUCCAGGUGGCAGGAAUACCAGAAUCGGGUGGACUCCCUCAUCUCCUGGAUCAAACAGCACACGAUCCUGAUGUCCGAUAAAUCCUUCCCCCAGAACCCCGUUGAAUUAAAGGCACUUUAUAAUCAGUACAUACACUUCAAAGAAACUGAGAUCCCAGCCAAGGAGAGAGAAAAAGGAAGAAUAGAGGAACUGUACAAACUGCUCGAGGUCUGGAUUGAAUUUGGGCGAAUUCAGCUCCCCCAGGGCCAUCACCCUAACGAUGUGGAAGAAGAGUGGGGAAAACUAAUCCUCGAGAUGCUGGAGCGAGAGAAGUCCUUGCGACCAGCGGUGGAAAGGCUGGAAUUGCUGCUACAGAUUGCGAACAAAAUCCAGAACGGUGCUCUGAGUUGCGAAGAAAAACUGACACUAGCGAGAAACACUUUGCAGGCUGACACGGCCCACCUGGAGCUGGGCCAGUCGGUGCAGUACGAGUCGGAAGUCGUCCCGUACCUGCAGGAGGGCGAGGGGCUCAUCAGGCAGCUGCAGGUGGACCUCCAGAUCCUCCGAGAUGAGAACUACUACCAGCUGGAGGAGCUUGCUUUCCGGAUCCUGCGGCUGCAGGACGAGCUGGUGACCCUGCGGCUGGAAUGCACGAACCUGUACAGGAAGGGCCACUUCACCACCCUGGAGCUCACGCAGCCCUCGGCCCUGACCACGGCCCCGUCCAAAGCGGAGCCGCUGACCAAGGGCACUCACACCACCUCCGCCUCCUGGUUCCGGAAGCCCAUGACCCGGGCGGAGCUGGUGGCCAUCUCGUCCUCUGAGGACGAAGGGAACCUGCGGUUCGUGUACGAGCUGCUGGCCUGGGUGGAGGAGAUGCAGAUGAAACUGGAGAGGGCCGAGUGGGGCAGUGAUCUCCCCAGCGUGGAGUCGCAGCUGGAGACCCAGCAGCACAUCCACACCAGCGUGGAGGAACUGGGCUCCAGCGUCCAGGAGGCGAGGAUGUACGAGGGCAAGAUGUCUCAGAAUUUCCGCACCAGCUACGCUGAAACGCUGGGGAAGCUGGAGACGCAGUACUGUAAACUGAUGGAGACUUCCGGCUCCCGCCUGCGGCACUUGGAGAGCCUGCACAGAUUUGUCUCCAGAGCCACGGCCGAGCUGAUCUGGUUGAACGAGAAGGAGGAGGAGGAGCUGGCCUACGAUUGGAGCGACAACAAUCCCAACGUCACGGCCAAGAGGAAUUACUUCUCCGAGUUGCGGAUGGAGCUGGAAGAGAAACAAGACGUGUUCCGCUCUCUCCAAGACACCGCGGAGCUGCUGUCCUCGGAGAAUCACCCGGCCAAGCAGACCGUAGAGGCGUACAGUGCGGCCGUCCAGUCCCAGUGGCAGUGGAUCAGGCAGCUGUGCCUGUGCGUGGAGCAGCACGUGAAGGAGAACACCGCUUACUUUCAGUUCUUCAGCGACGCGCGCGAUUUGGAGGCGUUCCUACGUAACCUCCAGGACUCCAUCAAACGGAAAUAUUCCUGCGACCACAACACCAGCCUGCUACGCCUCGAGGACCUGCUCCAAGACUCCAUGGAUGAAAAGGAGCAGCUCAUUCAGUCAAAGAGUUCAAUCGCCAGUCUCGUGGGAAGGUCGAAGACCAUUGUCCAACUGAAGCCAAGGAAUCCCGACCACAUGCUGAAGAAUACCAUCUCGGUCAAGGCCAUCUGUGACUAUCGCCAGAUUGAGAUCACGAUCUGUAAGAACGACGAGUGUGUCCUGGAAGAUAAUUCCCACCGAACCAAAUGGAAGGUGAUCAGCCCCACGGGAAACGAGGCGAUGGUGCCAUCCGUGUGCUUCCUCAUCCCCCCGCCCAAUAAAGAGGCCGUUGAGAUGGCCAACAGGGUGGAGCAGUCCUAUCAGAAGGUGAUGACUCUGUGGCAUCAACUGCACGUGAACACAAAGAGCCUCAUCUCCUGGAACUACCUGCGAAAGGACCUGGAUCUCGUGCAGAGCUGGAAUCCGGAGAAGGUCCGAUCGUUGCCCCCCGGGGAAUGCCAUCAGACCAUGAAGAGCCUCCGGGCCCACUACGAGGACUUCCUGCAAGACAGCCGGGACUCCGAGCUCUUCUCCGUGGCUGACCGCCUGCGCCUGGAGAAGGAGGUGGAUGGUUGCAAGGAGCAUUUCCAGCGGCUUCUGGAAUCUGUGGAGAACGAGGAUAAGGAUGAGACCGUGGCCAAGAACUACAUCUCUGAGCUGAAGAACAUCCGGCUCCACCUGGAGGACUGCGAGCGGAGAGUCGUCGGGCGAAUCAAAUCCCCGUCGGGCUCCUGGGCGGACGGAGACGCCCUGCAGGACGCCGCCCUGCGCGUCGCCGAGCAGGAGCGCACCCAGGAGGACCUGCAGCAACUGAAGUCGGAGUUGGACGACGUCUCCUCCAGAUGCAGCGGCUUCCUCCAGCGCUCCCCAUCGGGCCCCAGCGCUCCCACGCUGCGCUCAGAGCUCAACCUGCUGGUGGAAAAGAUGGACCACGUCUACGGCUUGUCCUCCGUCUACCUGGACAAAUUGAAGACAGUGGACGUCAUAGUCCGAAGCGCGCAGGCCGCCGAGCUCUUGGUCAAAGGAUACGAGAUCAAGCUGAGUCAGGAAGAGGCGGUGCCUGCCGACCUCUCAGCUCUGCAGACCCACCGGUCCACACUGCAGCAAUGGCUCAGCGACGUGAAGGACAAGAGCUCGGUCUUCUCCACCCUGGACGAGGAACUUGCCAAGGCGAAGGUGGUGGGAGAGCAGCUGUGCCGCCUGACGCCGGAACGGAGCCUGGACCUAGAGCGCUAUCAGGAGAAGGGCGCCCAGCUGCGGGAACGUUGGCAGAGAGUCGGGGUCCAGAUGGAGACCCGCUCUUCGGACCUGGAGAGCAUCCAGGAAGUGCUGCGGGAUUACCGCGCCUGCCACGGAGCGCUGAUCCAGUGGAUCGAGGAGACCACGGCCCAGCAGGAGGUGAUGAAGCCCGGCCAGGCGGAGGACAGCCGCGUGCUGUCGGAACAGCUCAGCCAGCAGACGGCUUUGGUAGCAGAAAUUGAGAGGAAUCAGGCCAAGCUGGACCAGUGUCAGAAGUUCUCUCAGCAAUAUUCCACCACUGUAAAGGACUACGAGCUCCAGCUGAUGACGUACAGAGCCUUUGUGGAAUCCCAGCAGAAAUCGCCCGGGAAACGGCGUCGCAUGAUCUCGUCUUCGGAUGCCAUCACCCAAGAGUUCAUGGAUUUGAGGACACGAUACACGGCGCUGGUGACCUUAACGACCCAGCACGUGAAGUAUAUUAGUGACGCGCUCCGGCGGCUCGAGGAAGAGGAGAAAGUGGUAGAAGAGGAGAAGCAGGAAAACGUGGAAAAGGUGAAGGAACUCCUGGGCUGGGUGUCUAGUCUGGCUCAGACUACCCAAGGAAAAACCAAAGGCAGAGAUCUAACAGACAUCGAAAAAUCCAUCUCAGAACAACAGGCUCUUGCUGAGGAGCUGGCGAUGAAAAAGGAGCAGAUCUCCGACGCCAUCAAAACGGCCCAGAUCUUCUUGGCCAAACAUGGCCACAAGCUCUCAGACCGGGAAAAGGAGCAGAUCUCUGAGCAGCUGGAUGCCCUGAAGGAGACUUACCAUCAGCUCUGCGAUAGCUCCGCCGAUCAGCUCCAGCAACUUCAGAGCCAGUUGGCCCAGGAAACAGAGCAAAAGAGUCUGCAGGAGCAGCGAGCCGUGUGCCACGAGAAGCUGGAGGGUCUCUGCCACUGGCUGGGCGAGGCCGAGAGGACGCUGGUGGACCGUCAGAGGAGAGCGGCCAGCAAGGAGGAUCUGUCCGCGCUGCAACAGAAGCAGAGCGACUUGGAGGACUUGCAGAAAGAUGUCCAAGACCACGCCGGUGCCUUCGCUGAUGCCAUCAAGGCCACGGAAGAGUUCCUGGAGGAGAACCGCACCAAGUUAAAUCCCAGCGAACUGGCCUCCCUGAGGGAGAAGCUCCGCCAGGCCAAGGAGCAGUACCGGGCUCUGCGGGAGCGAACGCAGACUGCUCAGAAAGAGCUGGACGGAGAGGUGACGGCGGCCGUGCGGCAGGAGACCGAAAAGACUAAAGCGGCCAAUGAGCUGGAGGAAAAUCAGAGGAAAAUCGAUUCGCUCCUGGACUGGGUGUCCUCUCUGGAGUCCCCGGGUGGCCCGUCCAAGCUCAGUCUCCCCACAGCGGGGCAGACGCCGGGAGGACGGCCGGGCAGAGGGAGCCAGGAUACGGUCGACGGACAGGGCGGCGUGGACCGAGCCGAGGAGGCCCUGGACCAGCAGUACGAGAGUCUGAAGGCUCGUCACCAGGAGCUGCUGUCCCAGCAGCAGAACUUCAUCCUGGCCACCCAGUCGGCCCAGGCCUUCCUGGACCAGCACGGCCACAACCUGAGCCCCGAGGAGGGGUCCCGGCUGCGGCGGAGGCUGGCGGAGCUGAAGGAGAGGUACUCGGCCUCCCUGGCCCGGUCGGAGACGGAACUGAAGCAGGUGCAGACGCUGCGGGACGAGCUGCGGAAAUUCCUGCGGGACCACGGGGAGUUCGAGACGUGGCUGGAGCAGUCGGAGAAGGAGCUGGAGGGCAUGCGCCGGGAGGACGGCGACCUGGCCUCCCUGCUGCGGCCCAUGCUGCUCCGCCAGGGGAGCUUCUCCGAGGACGUCAUCUCCCACAAGGGGGACCUGCGCUUCAUCACCAUGUCGGGCCAGAAAGUCCUGGACACCGAGGGCGGCUCCGGACCCUCCGCCGCCGGCGUCCUGGUGAAGGACAGGCUGGAAGACGCCACUCGACGUUACACGGCUCUCCACUCCAAGUGCUCCAAGUUGGGCUCCCACCUGAACACGCUGCUGGAUCGCUAUCAGCAGUUUCAGGGCAGCACAGACGGGCUCCAGGCGUGGAUGCAGCAGUGCGAAGCGGAGGUGGAGAGGCUCCUGGCCGACACCGUGGCCUCAGACCCCAAGAUCCUGCAGCAGCAGCUCGCCAGCACGAAGCAGCUGCAGGGCGACCUCGCAGAGCAUCAGGUACCUGUGGAGAAACUCCAGAAAGCGGCCCGGGAUCUGAUGGAGAUCGAGGGCAGGCCAGCCCCUGACCCCAGCCACAUUCGGGAAACCACAGACUCCAUCCUGAGCCGCUUCCAGAGCCUGUCCCGGCGGAUGGCGGAGCGCUCGGACCUGCUGCAGAAGGCCAUCGCCCAGUCUCAGAGCGUCCAGGAGGGCCUGGAGAGCCUGCUGCAGUCCAUUGCCAAGGUGGAGGGCGGCCUGGAAGGAGAGCAGGUGGCCAGCAUGUCCUCCGCGGCCAUCCAGGAAGCGCUAGCCACCAACACGAAACUGAAGCAGGACAUCGCCAGGCAGAAGAGCAGCCUGGAGGCCACGCGGGAGAUGGUGACCCGCUUCACGGAGACGGUGGACGGGGCCACGGCCGCCGGGCUGCGGGGCCAGCUGGCCGAGGCCAGCGAGCGCUUCGACCGGCUGUGCAGGCGGCAGCGGGAGAAGGAGGCCGCUCUCAAGGAGCUGCUGCCCAAGGUCGAGCAGUUCGAACGCCUCACGGAGAAGCUGCGUCAGUUCACGGACAGCAGGGCCCGGAGCCUGGCCUCUGGGAACCAGCCCGAUCGGGACAUCGCCCAUUUCUCCCAGCAGAUCCAGGAACUGAAUCUGGAAAUGCGGGAGCAGCAGGAGAACCUGGACGCUUUAGAGCACCUGGCCAGCGAGCUGAGCAGCUGCGGGAUUUCCACGGACUUGUCCCAGCACCAGGAGACGGUGCAGAAGCUGAAGAAGGACUUCACCGAGCUACAGAAAACAGCCAGAGAAAGAGAGAAGGAAACGUCAUCCUGCCAGGAGCAGCUGGAUGAAUUCCGGAAACUGGUCUGGGGCCUGAGGAAGUGGCUGAAGGAGUGUGAGGGGAGCGUGCCGUCGGCAGAGGCCACCGUGGGGACCCAGGAAUUGGAAAAGCAGAUUGAGCAUGUUGAGGGUCUCCUGGAGGGCUGGGCCGGGAAGGGGGCCCAAGUGGAAGAAGUCAACCGCAGAGGAACCGCCUUGGAGAACCUGAUCGUGGACAUCACCGCACCCGAAACCCAAGCCAAGACAGGUUCUGUGCUGCCCGCUCUAGGAGCUUCUGUAGGCAGUGUAAACGGAUACCACACCUGCAAAGAUCUGACGGAGAUCCAGUGCGAGCUGUCGGACGUGAACCAGCAGUACGAGAGCCUGGGGGGCGUGCUGCGGGGACGCAGGGACAGCCUGCUGGCCGUGCUCAGCCGGAUGCGGGAGGUCGGGGAGGAGGCCCGCUCCGCGUUGAAGUGGCUGGAGUCCACGGAGCGCAACCUGGAGGCCCUCGACGCUACUUCGUCGCCCACCAAGACGGAGACCGUGCGAGCCCAAGCCGAGCACAACAAGGCUUUCCUGGCCGAGUUAGAACAGAAUUCCCCAAAGAUCCAGAAAGUAAAAGAAGCCCUGGCUGACCUGCUGGAGAAAUACCCCAACUCUCAAGAAGCAGAGAACUGGAAAAAGAUGCAGGAGGAGCUCAACUCCAGGUGGGCGAGGGCCAACGAGGUGACGGUGGCCCGCCAGCAGAAGCUGGAGAAGUCGGCAAACCAGCUGGACAGCUUCCAGGCGGCCGAGGCCCAGCUGCGCCCGUGGCUGAAGGAGAAGGAGCUGAUGAUGAGCGUGUUGGGGCCCCUGUCCAUUGACCCCAACAUGCUGAACGCCCAGAAGCAGCAGGUCCAGUUUAUGCUGAAGGAAUUUGAGGCACGGAGGCAACAGCACGAGCAGCUGAACCAGGCCGCGCAGGGCAUCUUCGCGGGCCCGGGCGACGCCUCUCCGUCCACCGGCCAGGCGCGGGACCAGCUUGAGGGCAUCAAUCAGAAGUGGGUGGAGCUGACGGAGCGGCUGAAUUCGCGGUCCAGCCAGAUCGACCAAGCGAUCGUCAAGAGCACCCAGUACCAGGAGCUCCUGCGCGGCCUGGCCGAGCAGGUCAAGGCGGUCGGGCAGCAGCUGAGCGGCCAGUCGGCCAUCAGCGCCCAGCCGGACGCGGUGAAGCAGCAGCUGGAGGAGACCAGCGAGAUCCGGUCGGACCUGGAGAGGCUGGACCACGAGAUCGCGGAGGCCCAGGCCCUGUGCGACCAGCUGUCUCUGCUCAUCGGGGAGCAGUACCUCAAGGAUGAGCUGAGGAAGAGGCUGGAGACGGUCGCCCUCCCCCUCAAGGGCCUGGAAGACCUGGCAGCCGAUCGCCUGAACCGGCUCCAGACGGCCCUCGCCAGCACCCAGCAGUUCCAGCAGAUGUUCGACGAGCUGAGGGCCUGGCUGGACGACAAACGGAACCAGCAGGCCCGGGCCGGCCCGACCUCGGCGAAGCUCGAGAGGCUGCAGGCCCAGCUCCAGGAGCAAGAAGAGUUCCAGAAGAGCCUGAAUCAGCACAGCGGCUCCUACGAGGUGAUCGUGGCCGAGGGGGAGACCCUCCUCCUCUCCGUGCAGCCCGGGGAGGAGAAAGCGGCCUUGCAGGGCCAGCUGGCGGCCCUCAGAUCCCACUGGGCGGAGCUGGGCAAGCACGCCGCGGACCGGCAGGCCCGCCUCAAAGAUUGCCUGCAGAAGGCUCAGAAGUAUCGGUGGUACGUGGAAGACCUGGUCCCGUGGAUAGAGGACUGUAAGGGCAAGAUGUCGGGCCUGCAGGUCACCCUGGACCCGGCGCAGCUGGAGGCCACCCUCCUGAGAGCCAAGGGCCUGCUGAGCGACGUGGAGAAGCGCCGCUCCUUGCUGGAGCUGCUGAACGGCGCGGCCGACCUCCUCCUCGACUCGGCCCAGGCCGACGAAGACGACGUCCGGGACGAGAAGGCGGCGCUGGAGCGCACCGUGGACGCCGUCACCGAAGAGCUGCGGGCCAAGACGGGGUCCCUCGAGGAAAUGGCUCAGAGGCUCAGGGAGUUCCAGGAGAGCGUCCAGACGGUCGAGAAGAAGCUGGACGGGGCCAGGCACCAGCUGGAGCUCUUGGACGCCAUGGGGCCCCAGGCCUGCAGCAACAAGAACCUGGAGAAGUUGCGGGCCCACCAAGAGACCCUCCAGGCCCUGGAACCUCAGGUCGACUACCUGAAGCGCUUCACCCGGGGCCUGUUGGAGGACGCUCCGGACGGCCAGGGCCCCUCCCGGCUCCUGCACCGAGCCGAGGCGGCCGAGCGGGACUUCGCCUCGGUGAGGCACAGGGUGGACGAGGGCUGCAGGGCGAUGGAGAGCAGACUGGACGGGAUCGGUCAGUUCCACGGCCGGGUCCGCGAGAUGUUCUCCCAGCUGGCCGACCUGGACGACCAGCUGGACGGCAUGGGGGCCGUGGGCCGGGACGCCGACAGCCUCCAGUCCCAGAUCGAGGACGUCCGGCUGUUCUCGGGGAGGGUCCGGGGGCUCAAGGCGGACGUCGCGGCCGCCCGAGAGGAGUGCCGGCGCAUGCUGGACGAAGAAGGGAGCCCGGACUUGUUGGGGCUCAAGAGGGAGCUGGAGACGCUGAACAAGCAGUGCGGCAAGCUGAUGGAGAGGGGCGGGACCCGCCAGGAGCAGCUGGAGACCACCCUCGCCCGCGUGGAGGAUUUCUACAACAGGCUGAAGGAACUGAACCGGAUGACCACGGCGGCCGAGGAGAGCGAGGCCCUGCAGUGGGUCGUGGGCACCGAGGUGGACGCCAUUAACCAGCAGCUGGCAGAUUUUAAGAUGUUUCAGAAGGAGCAGGUGGAUCCCCUUCAACUGAAACUGCAGCAGGUCAACGGACUUGGCCAGGGCCUCAUCCAGAGCGCAGGGAAGAACUGCGAUGUGCAGGGCCUGGAGCACGACAUGGAGGCGAUCAACGCCCGGUGGAACACCCUGAACAAAAAGGUCGCACAGAGGAUUGCGCAGCUACAGGAGGCCCUGUUGCACUGUGGGAAGUUUCAGGAUGCCUUGGAGCCCUUGCUCAGCUGGCUGACCGACACUGAGGAUCUCAUAGCCAAUCAGAAGCCUCCGUCUGCCGAGUAUAAAGUGGUGAAAGCGCAGAUCCAAGAGCAGAAGCUGCUCCAGAGGCUCCUGGAUGACCGGAAGGCCACCGUCGAGAUGAUUCAGGCCGAAGGGGGGCGGAUCGCCCAGGCGGCCGAGCCGGCCGACCAGGAGAAGAUCGUCGGCCAGCUGGAGAGCCUCGAGGGGAGGUGGGCCGGACUGCUCCACAAGGCCGCGGCCAGGCAGAGACAACUGGAAGAAAUCCUGGUCCUGGCCAAAGAAUUCCACGAGACGACCGAACCCAUUUCUGACUUCCUGUCCGUCACCGAGAAGAAACUCGCCAACUCAGAGCCCGUCGGCACCCAGACGGCCAAAAUCCAACAACAGAUCGUGCGCCACAAGGCCUUAGAGGACGAAGUAGAGAGCCGGGCCGCGGGGGUGCAGCUGGCGGUCGGCGUCGGCCGCUCGCUCUCCUCCCUGACCGGUCCGACCGAACGGGGCGCCCUGGCCGAGCGGCUGGACGCGCUGCAGGCCCGCUACCGGGAGGUCCGGGAGCGGUGCGGCCGCAGGGCGGCCCUCCUCGGGCAGGCGCUCUGUGACGCCCGGCUGUUUGGGGACGGAGAGGUGGCGGUGCUCAACUGGCUGGCCGAGGUUGAGGACAAGCUGGGCUCGGUGUCGGUUAAGGAUUACAAACGGGACGUCCUGCAGAAGCAGCACGCCGACCAGCUGGCUUUAAAUGAGGAGAUUGUGAAUCGGAAGAAGAAUGUAGACCAGGCCAUUAAGAAUGGACAAGCUCUUCUGAAGCAAACCACAGGGGAAGAGGUGCUGCUCAUCCAGGAGAAGCUGGACGGCAUCAAGACCCGCUACGCGGACAUCACGGCCACCAGCUCCAAGGCUCUCCGGACUUUAGAGCAGGCCCGGCAGCUGGCCACCAAGUUCCAAGCCACCCACGAGGAGCUGACCGGCUGGAUGAACACGGUGGCGGACGAGCUGGCGGCCAGCGGGGGGCAGUCGCCCACGGGGGAGCAGAUACCCCAGUUCCAGCAGCGGCAGAAGGAACUGAAGAAGGAAGUAAUGGAGCACCGGCUGGUAUUGGACACGGUCAACGAGGUGAGCCGGGCCCUCCUGGAACUGGUGCCGUGGCGAGCCCGGGAGGGCCUGGAUAAGCUGGUCUCGGAGGCCAACGAGCAGUACAAAGCGGUCAGCGACACCAUUAGCCAGAGGGUGGAUGAAAUCGACGCGGCCAUCCAGCGGUCCCAGCAGUACGAGCAAGCUGCCGACGCCGAGCUGGCCUGGGUGGCGGAGACCAAGCGGAAACUGGCGGCCCUCGGCCCAAUCCGCCUGGAACAGGAUCAGACCACGGCCCAGCUGCAGGUCCAGAAGGCUUUCUCUAUCGACAUCAUCCGCCACAAAGAUUCCAUGGACGAGCUUUUCAGUCAGCGGGAUGAAAUCUUCGGGACGUGUGGGGAGGAACAGAAGGCGAUGUUACAGGAGAAAACAGAGUCGCUGGUGCAGCAGUACGAGGCGGUCAGCCAGCUGAACUCGGAGCGCUACGCCCGGCUGGAGCGGGCUCAGGUCCUGGUCAACCAGUUCUGGGAGACCCACGAGGAGCUCGACCCCUGGAUCCAGGAAACGCAGACCCUCAUCGCCCAACUGCCUCCUCCGGCUAUCGAUCACGAGCAACUCAAACAGCAGCAGGAGGACAUGAGGCAACUGAGGGAGUCGAUCGCCGAGCACAAGCCUCACAUCGAUAAGCUUCUCAAGAUCGGUCCCCAGCUGAAGGAGCUGAACCCCGAGGAAGGGGAAAUGGUGCAAGAGCGGUACCGGGCGGCCGAAGCCGUGUACGCCCGAAUCAAAGAGGAGGUGCGCCUGAGGGCCCUGGCCCUGGACGAGGCGGUUUCCCAGUCGGCCCAGAUCGCAGAGUUCCACGACAAGAUCGAGCCCAUGUUGGAGACCCUGGAGAACCUCUCCUCCCGCCUGCGGGUGCCCCCGCUCAUCCCAGCCGAAGUGGAGAAGAUCCGGGAGUGCAUCGGUGACAAUAAGAACGCCACCGUGGAGUUGGAGAAGCUGCAGCCGUCCUUCGGGGCCCUGAAGCGCCGCGGCGAGGAGCUGAUCGGGCGCUCGCAGGGACCCGACAAGGAUCUGGCCGCCAAAGAAAUCCAGGAUAAGUUGGACCAGAUGGUCUUUUUCUGGGAGGACAUCAAAGCUCGGGCCGAAGAACGCGAAAUGAAAUUCCUGGACGUUCUGGAGCUGGCCGAGAAGUUCUGGUUCGACAUGGCCGCCCUCCUGGCCACCAUCCGGGACACCCAGGACAUCGUCCACGACCUGGAGAGCCCCGGCAUCGACCCGUCAAUCAUCAAGCAGCAGGUGGAGGCUGCCGAGACAAUCAAAGAGGAAACGGACGGCCUGCACGAGGAACUCGAGUUCAUCCGCAUCCUGGGAGCGGAUCUCAUUUUUGCCUGCGGUGAAACAGAAAAGCCGGAAGUGAAAAAAAGCAUCGACGAGAUGAAUAAUGCGUGGGAGAAUCUAAGCAAGAUGUGGAAGGAGAGGCUGGAGCGACUGGAGGAGGCCAUGCAGGCUGCCGUGCAGUACCAAGAUGCCCUGCAGUCCAUGUUCGACUGGCUGGACAACACUGUGAUCAAACUCUGCAACAUGCCGCCUGUUGGCACGGACCUCAACACUGUCAAAGAGCAGCUGAAUGAAAUGAAGGAGUUUAAGACGGAAGUGUACCAGCAACAGAUCGAGAUGGAGAAGCUGAACCACCAGGGCGAGCUCAUGUUGAAGAAAGCCACCGAUGAGACGGACCGGGACAUCAUCCGCGAGCCCCUGACGGAGCUCAAACACCUGUGGGAGAACCUGGGGGAGAAGAUCACGGGAAGACAGCACAAGCUGGAAGGGGCCCUGCUGGCCCUCGGUCAGUUCCAACACGCCUUGGAGGAGCUGAUGGGCUGGCUGACACAUACCGAAGAGCUGUUAGACGCCCAGAGACCCAUCAACGGGGACCCCAAGGUCAUAGAAGUGGAGCUAGCGAAGCACCAUGUUCUAAAGAAUGACGUCCUAGCCCACCAGGCCACGGUGGAAACGGUAAACAAGGCUGGCAACGAACUCCUGGAGUCCAGCGCCGGGGAUGACGCCAGCAGCCUGAGGACCCGCUUGGAGACCAUGAACCAGUGCUGGGAGUCGGUGCUGCAGAAAACGGAGGAGCGAGAGCAGCAGCUGCAGUCAACGCUCCAGCAGGCCCAAGGUUUUCACAGUGAAAUCGAAGACUUCCUCUUGGAGUUGACGCGGAUGGAGAACCAGCUGUCGGCAUCUAAACCCACGGGAGGACUGCCAGAGACGGCCCGGGAGCAACUGGACGCUCACCUGGAGCUGCACUCCCAGUUGAAAGCCAAAGAAGAACUGUACGGUCAACUCCUGGACAAGGGCAGGCUGAUGCUCCUGAGCCGCCAAGACUCCGGGACCGGCUCCAAAACGGAACAGAGCAUCGCCCUGCUGGAGCAGAAGUGGCAGGCGGUCAGCAGCAAGAUGGAAGAGAGAAAGUCCAAACUGGAGGAGGUUCUCAGCCUGGCCACAGAAUUCCAGAAUUCCCUGCAAGAGUUUAUCAACUGGCUGACCCUGGCCGAGCAGAGCCUGAACGUGGCCGCCUCUCCCAGCCUGAUCCUCAACACCGUGCUUGGCCAGAUCGACGAACACAAGGUUUUUGCCAACGAAGUGAACGCUCACCGGGACCAGAUCAUCGAGCUGGACCAAACCGGCAACCAGCUCAAGUUCCUCAGCCAAAAGCAGGACGUGGUCCUGAUCAAAAACCUGUUGGUCAGCGUCCAGUCCCGCUGGGAGAAGGUGGUCCAGCGGUCAGUGGAGAGGGGCCGGGCCCUGGACGACGCGAGGAAACGGGCCAAGCAGUUCCACGAAGCCUGGAAGAAGCUGAUCGACUGGCUGGAGGAUGCCGAGAAGCUCCUGGACUCGGAGCUGGAGAUUUCCAAUGACCCAGACAAAAUUAAGUUGCAGUUGUCCAAGCACAAGGAGUUUCAGAAGACCCUCGGGGGCAAGCAGCCCGUUUACGACACCACGAUCCGGACGGGCCGGGCCCUAAAAGAGAAGGCUUUGCUGCCGGAUGACACCCAGAAACUUGACAAUCUGCUGGGGGAAGUCAGGGACAAGUGGGACACCGUGUGCGGCAAAUCUGUGGAGCGGCAGCACAAACUGGAGGAAGCCCUGCUGUUCUCCGGCCAGUUCAUGGACGCCCUCCAGGCCCUGGUGGACUGGCUUUACAAGGUGGAGCCUCAGCUGGCUGAAGACCAACCGGUGCACGGGGACCUGGACCUGGUCAUGAACUUGAUGGAUGCUCACAAGGUUUUUCAGAAGGAACUCGGGAAGCGGACCGGGACCGUGCAGGUGCUGAAGCGUUCGGGCCGGGAGCUGAUCGAGAACAGUCGGGACGACACCACCUGGGUCAAGGGGCAGCUGCAGGAGCUGAGCACCCGCUGGGACACCGUGUGCAAGCUGUCCGUCUCCAAGCAGACCAGGCUGGAGCAAGCCCUGAAACAGGCCGAGGAAUUUCGGAACGCCGUCCACAUGCUGCUGGAGUGGCUCUCGGAAGCGGAACAGACCCUCCGCUUUAGAGGCGCGCUUCCCGAUGACACCGAGGCGUUGCAGUCCCUCAUUGACAUCCACAAGGAGUUCAUGAAGAAAGUGGAGGAGAAGCGAGUGGACGUGAAUGCGGCCGUGGGGAUGGGGGAGGUGAUUCUGGCCGUGUGCCACCCCGACUGCAUCACCAACAUCAAGCACUGGCUCACCGUCAUCCGAGCGCGCUUCGAGGAGGUCCUGACCUGGGCCAAACAGCACCAGCAGCGGCUGGAGGCCGCCCUCUCCGAACUGGUGGCGAACGCCGAGUUGCUGGAAGAACUUUUAGCCUGGAUUCAGUGGGCUGAGACCACACUCAUCCAACGGGAUCAGGAACCAACCCCCCAAAACAUCGACCAGGUCAAGGCCCUCAUCUCUGAGCAUCAGGCCUUUAUGGAGGAGAUGACUCGCAAGCAGCCGGAUGUGGACCGAGUCACCAAGACGUACAAAAGGAAAGCCUCAGAACCGACUCACGCACCUUUCAUCGAGAAAUCCCGCAGCAACCGGAAAUCCUUGAGCCAGCCCACGCCGCCGCCCAUGCCAAUUCUCUCACAAUCCGAAGCCAAAAAUCCCAGGAUCAACCAGCUGUCAGCCCGCUGGCAGCAGGUGUGGCUGCUUGCCCUGGAGCGGCAGCGGAAGCUGAACGAUGCCCUGGACAGGCUGGAGGAGUUGAAGGAGUUUGCCAACUUCGACUUUGACGUCUGGAGAAAGAAGUACAUGCGCUGGAUGAACCACAAGAAGUCCCGGGUGAUGGAUUUCUUCCGACGCAUCGACAAGGACCAGGAUGGGAAAAUCACACGGCAAGAAUUUAUCGACGGGAUCUUGGCCUCCAAGUUUCCUACGACCAAGUUAGAGAUGACCGCGGUGGCUGACAUUUUUGAUCGUGACGGGGAUGGCUACAUUGACUACUACGAAUUUGUGGCCGCGCUCCAUCCCAACAAAGAUGCUUACCGACCGACCACAGAUGCAGACAAAAUUGAAGAUGAGGUCACAAGACAAGUGGCUCAGUGCAAAUGUGCGAAGAGGUUCCAGGUGGAGCAAAUUGGCGAAAAUAAAUACCGGUUUGGUGACUCCCAGCAAUUGCGGCUGGUUCGUAUUCUGCGGAGCACCGUGAUGGUCCGAGUCGGUGGCGGAUGGAUGGCGCUGGAUGAAUUUUUGGUGAAAAACGACCCCUGCCGAGUUCACCACCCUGGAAGUAAAAUAAAGCGCUCUGAUUCCAGCUCUUCGAUUGCCAGUCAGUCUCCGAUAGGUUGGCCUCUGAGCUUUGUCACUCUCCUUUGCGCGCACCCCCCACAUCCCGUUAGCGAGAAUGGCUUUGCUUCGUCUAGUGGAAUGUCUCCCUGGCUCUCUAACAUCCGCUGCCGAGCUCGGGGAAUGCUCCCAACGCGGCACGGCCGCAGCUUCCAUUACAGCCGUCAGCUAGUAACGCGCACAGAUCAGUUUCCCACUUUGCUGCCCCGUUCGAUAUCAUCGGCGGGGGCCUGCGUGGUUGAAAUUUUGACCCUUCUAUUGCAAAUCAAACAGUAUUUCGGAGUAUCUCGAUUUAAGCCAAACAAGAAAGCCGUGGCGGUUGCAACUCCAGGUUGUAGAAUGCGGGGAAGAUGGUCAAGGCUUACAAUCAGCGUGUGUUUUUUUUCUUCUUCUUUUUUCUCUUUUCUUUUUCCUCUCUUCAGCCGAGGAAAACUAACCUGGAACUUAGGGAAGAAAUUCAUUUUACCGGAGGGCGUCUCACAGGGAAUGACCACCGUUCCGGUCACGGGCCGAAGAUCAAAACGUCUUCACGGCAGCGUCCCUACACGAUCCAGCUCUAGCGCUAGUCAGAGCAACCACAGCUGCACCUCAAUGCCGUCCUCCCCCAGCCACCCCUGCCACUGGGACCAGGUGACACCAACAACAGGCAGCAAGCUGAAGCGGCCGACUUUUCAUUCGAGCCGAACUUCCCUCGCCGGCGAUACCAGCAAUAGUUCUUCCCCGGUUUCCACGGGGGCCAAGACCAGUCGGGCUGAUCCUAAAAAGACAGCCAGCCGCCCCACCAGUCGUGCCGGAAGCCGUACGGGGAGCCGAGCCAGCAGCCGGCGAGGAAGCGACGCCUCAGACUUUGACCUGCUGGAGACGCAGUCGGCCUGUUCGGAUACUUCAGAGAGUAGCACAGCAGGGUGCCAAGGCAGUGCCCGGCGAGGUUUAACCAAACCUUCCAAGAUCCCCACUAUGUCGAAGAAAACUACCACUGCCACCUCCAAAACGCCAGGCCCCAAAAGAUAAUACUGUAUAGACGCCCCUCAAAGGAAACCUGUGUGGAUUUUUAACUCUGCUCCGUACGUUGGAUGUAUAUUUAUUCUGAACGGGAGAAAUUAUAUUGUUAAAAAGUGUAAAAGAAUAAUUGUGUUAUGAAGCUGCCUUAUUUGUUUUUCUUUUUGUAAGUUACUAUUUUCAUGUGAAUAUUUAUGUAGAUAAAAUUUGCCUUCUGGUAGCCCUACACCAGAUGGGGGCCGAGAGGUGAAAUGUCUGGAAAAAAAGCAAGUAAAAAGGUCAAGAUGUGAUCGUGCAUUUAAAAAAAGAAAAAGGAACAAAAAAAAACCUUUAAAAAACCUAUAAAUAGGAUUUCUGCGCGGUGCAGGGGCGUGAACCUGCUUUAUCUUUUAGGAUUAUUUCCUAAAUGCAUCUUCUUUAUAAACUUGACUUGCUGUCUCAGCAAGAUAAAUUAUAUUAAAAAACCUGAAUCCUACAGUGUUCAAGGAACUUUUUUUUUUUGUAAAUCUUGGAUACCUCAAACAGAAAGAAACAUGAGGUGAGGGGACUUAGGACUUUUUUCCAUUUUUUUAAUGUUAUGUGAUUUUAGCUGAAGAAAGGGGAGUAUGUUUGAAUUACUAAAUUUGCACAUGCUUAUAUACCGUAAAGGAGUUCAUUAAAAUGCUGUCUUUAAAACAUACUGUCUCAAUAUCCGACUACUUAAAGGACAAAACACACCGCUGGUUUAAGUUUACCACUGAAUACACUGGCUUAGAAGCCUGCUUUGAAACCCAAGAGAUCUUUAUUGGGAGUGGAAUAAUAAUAAUAAAUGGUCUUUAACUCCCUAUCCUGGUUGGUCAGAACACUCUUAGGUUUAGCCAUCUAAUAUAAGAUGACACAUUUUAAAAAAAAUCCACAAUGAGUUACCGACAUCUGUUUUCCUGUUCAUUAGUUAAAUGGUCACAUCUUCAAAGGCACUUAAGGGAUGAGUGCACAGACUCCAUUCUUGAAAUUUGAACUUACCCAGUUGCUCAUCCUCGAAAUGAGUCCCACCGGUGAGCACGUCCGCGCUCGCUCUUGUCCGUGGUUCUUCUCUGUGCUCUGACAACUGAGUGCGAGUCCGUGAGGAGGGUGGGAAGGGGCUGGCCUGCGUUCCCCUCUACUUAUUCAAUAUUCUUCCUCUUCGGCUCUGACCCCGUUGCUGUGUGAGUCUCUCAAUUGGUUAUUGAGGCAGAAACUGAAGCUCUACCAAUGACCUGUUUGAAAACAAGACACAUUUUGGUAUUAAAAUCGCUUGCAGUAA